AUGACAAUUCCAAAACACACCAAGUUGCUACUGGAUAGCACUCAUUUCAGCGAUAUUCGUAGCACCGUGAGCUCACGGUCCGUUGCGUGGGAUGCGUUGGCUAGAUCCGCAGAGAUCAAUGAAACGGACGCAACUGUAGCCAAGAAACUCGAAAGUGCAUUGAUUAAACACACCGGUGUUCAAAUCUCUCCUGCGGAAUGUGUGCCUUCGGCGAUUCAUAUUAUAGAGACCGUUCACAACGCCGAAGUCAAGAAAUUCGUCGACAACCUGCUAGCGGAACUUUUAUCCUCCGAUCAAUACGCAGACGCGACGUUCGAGUAUUUCAUGAAAAAUCCUCAGGCCGUGUUCGAUUUAUUCAAUGCGUCCCUAUCCGGUGACGACCAAACCAUACUUCUUUCAAGCUUCAACUUGGUGUCCCUAUUGAUUCAACCGGGCUUGCGAAACCCUGAUCUGGUUGCUUUGUUGUUGCAGCACCAACGAUUCAUUGCAGUUCUCCAAAACACGGACCACAUGGAUACCAGUUACGUCUGCAUUAGGCUACUACAGGAAUUGUCGGCCUUGCAGGAAUACAGACAUAUUGUUUGGACAUCGCAGGCUCAAUUUAUGCCCACGCUUCUUGGAGUUCUCAGCAAGGCCGUGGAAGCUAGCUCGGCCACGAGAGUAGUUCCUACGAACAGCAACAACUUGGGCGUUCAAGUUCAGUAUUACUCACUUUUGACUUUAUGGCUCCUCACUUUUGACCACCAAAUAGCUUCCGACUUUGUGGUCAAGUAUCUCUCGGACUUCUUAAACUUACUAAAGCUCGUUAAGAUCACUAUCAAGGAAAAACUCUCCAGACUGUGUAUUGCAAUUAUCCUCAAUUGCGUGGCUCCACACGUUAAGGGCCACAAGUCGUCAAUCCGUCAGCUAUUGUUGUUAGGGAACGCACUUCCUAUUUUGCAGUCUCUCAGUGAAAGAAAAUACUCAGAUGACGAACUUCGUCAAGAUCUCAAUACUUUGAAAGAGUUGUUGGAAGAGACCUAUCAGGAAUUGACGUCUUUUGACGAAUAUGAAGCCGAGGUUAAUUCAAAGUUAUUGGUUUGGUCACCACCUCACGUUGACAACGGAUUUUGGUCUGACAAUAUUGAUAAAUUCAAGGAGCAAGACUGGAAAUUAUUCAAGAAACUUGUUGCUAUUUUGGCAAGUCCAAAUAAUGAGCUUUCUACAAAAACUGCCAUUCAAGUUGCUUUGAGUGACAUUACUCAUGUUGUCGAGCUAUUGCCUGAAAGUGUGGAUGUUUUGGCCAAGUUGAACGGCAAAGUGUUGAUCAUGGAGCUGCUCAAUCACCCAGAUUCGAAGGUGAAAUAUGAAGCCUUGAAAGCAACGCAGGCUUUUGUUGCGCACACUUUCAGCAGAUGA